GAUUCGGAGUCGGAGGUUGCUGUUUACUGGGAGUAGUCGGGGUGGGGAUCGGUGGCGGCGGCUGUGGCCGGAAAGACCGGGCAGGAUCUUUUGUUGCUGUGAAUCUGGAGACAUUUAAAUCAAUAAGUAACUUGCGGGAAUCCGAUAAUGUCCACUCCGGCGAGACGGCGACUGAUGAGGGACUUUAAAAGGCUGCAAGAGGAUCCUCCAGCUGGUGUUAGUGGUGCACCUUCUGACAAUAAUAUAAUGUCAUGGAAUGCAGUUAUAUUUGGACCUGAAGGAACACCUUUUGAAGAUGGUACUUUCAAAUUGGUUAUAGAAUUUACAGAAGAGUACCCUAAUAAGCCUCCAACUGUUAGAUUUGUGUCAAAAAUGUUCCAUCCAAAUGUUUAUGCAGAUGGAAGUAUAUGCUUAGACAUUCUUCAGAAUCGUUGGAGUCCAACCUAUGAUGUUUCUUCAAUUUUAACAUCUAUUCAGUCGCUACUUGAUGAGCCAAACCCAAAUAGUCCAGCAAAUAGCCAGGCUGCACAGCUUUAUCAAGAAAACAAACGAGAAUAUGAGAAGAGGGUAUCUGCUAUUGUAGAGCAGAGUUGGAGUGACUGCUAACCUACAGCAACCAUAAUUCUCUGCCAUCUGCUCAGUGCAUUGUUUUAUUUGAAUAAUUGCAAAAUAUUGUGUCAUGAGACUGGCAGAAGACUCAGCAUAAGUUCUUUGCUGACAUUCUUAAGGAAUUUAACCCUUUUAACGUUUGUGCUGUUAAAGGGUUCUUCUGUUGCAUGAUGUGAAUUUGUAAGCGGUAUUUGAUUCAUCUGUACACUCUUUCCUUGUUUAGGCAUCAUCACUGACCCAUUCUUGCAUCAACCAGUGUAAUAGCUUCUCACUGAUACAAGUGAGUGCGAGUUGUUGAAUUGCUAGCAGCAAUGUCUGAUUUGCAUUGCAAUAAAUCCCGAUUCUGGAACCCAUUAUAUUAAACUUAUAGUUCAUUAUUAUAUACUGGUAUCCUGUUCAUCAGCUGAAACUCUUGAAGUAUCUGUAAAGAGUAAUUACAAUGUAUUUUGCUUAGCAACAACAAACAGCCUGUUGUGACAUUGGCUUACUGGAAACUUACUUUAUAGGAUCUUAGUGUAGGUUGGUAGUAAGCAGGCUUUUUCUUUUCAUACAGUUUUCAAUGAAACUGAGCUAAAUUGAUGGGAGGAUACAUGCCCAUAUUUCCUUGGAUUUUAUUUUGGAGGGGCUGGGUGGGGUGCUAGGGAAUGUGCCUGUUCAUUGUUUGGAAAAGCUGUACCAUCUGAUUAAUCCAAUGUGACUGGCACUAGUUGUGUUUACAGGCAGCAAUUGGACAUGCAGAUUCAUGAGAAUCUGUAAAAUAGCAAAAAGCAGGUGCUUCUAUUAUUCAGGUGUACAUAGAACAGUAAUCUGUAGCAUUGUACCUAUUAUGGAUGACUAAUGACUUGCUACAUUUUGAUUACUCACUUGUAGAUGCUCUUUACAAAGCACAAUUAAAUUUGGGGAUGUACUGAGGAAAAUCAGUAGCCUGCUUCAUUUGAUACAUGUAUCAGCUUCCUGUAGUCAGUUAUGUUUGGGAGAGAUCUUCAAAUAUUUGAUCAGAUUGCUCUUCCAAAAUAUUCAAAUUCCCCCUCCAGGUACUUAUUCAUGUGGGAGAUGAAAUCCCUUCGGUACUUCAGUAAUAUGAGUUUGGAUAAGCAGUGAGUGCUAUUAGAUAGGGGGAAAAAAAGUAACAGCCAACUCUGGUACCAUUUCUUGAUGCCCAUCCAAGUGAGGCUUUUAAUCUAAAUACAACCUAAUUUUUUUUGUUCAGUUGAUAAUGGUGUCUUGUACUCUGGAGAGCAAAACAUCAGAUUUGUUUUUAAAAAGAGCAAUUAUCUGAAUUUUCUGUAGUUUUAAAAUAUCCAGUAUCCUCUUGAUAACUUUGCCCUUUAGUGGCAACUAUAAAUGGGGACAAUUUGAACGCUCUUGCACUGAAGAUAAUUCUUCAUUCUUGGGAAUGUUCUGUGUAUUAAGUUACAGGUAAGGCUGGCGGUUUCAUUUUAUGAUACCUUGUUUCAGCUGUGCAAAACUGUAUACACUAACAAAGCUUUGAAGUAUUUGUAAAUCAAGUAUGAAAUGUAUGCCCAGAUUAUUUUGUUUUCCAAAUUAGCCUGUUAAUGUUUCCACAAGUAAAGAUUCUUAUCUCUACUCCCACCACCAAAGCCACUUUUCUGACAGGCAGCCAAACUUAAAAUGAGACAUCUUAAAGAAAAAAAAACUACUGAGCCACUUUUACAUCUGGAACAUGAAUUGCAUCUAUCAUUAUCAAUAAGUGCUUAGUAGGAACCACCCAGUUUAGUGUAUUCUCCAGGAGGGAAUUUUCACAGGCCUUACCAUAACAAGGAUAGUCACCAUGAUGAGCUGGGUAGUCCAGGUGACCAUCUUUUACCUUUUUGAGGAGCUUUGGAGAUUGGUUUAGUGAUGUGUAUGUGUGUGUGAGUGAAAAUACUUCUAAUUUGUUUUCUGCUUUUGCUAUAAUUAACUUUAAUGUAAUUGUCCACUGUACUCUUGUAAUGUUUUUUCAAAGGUUACAUUUUCAGCUAUUUUGUGAGAAUUACUGUUUAUGCUGUAUAAAGAACUUUUAUUCUUAUUUUGUAAAGAUGUUUUCAUUUAAAUCUUAGCCCCCUUUAAGGUGCAUCAAACAUUUUUGUACUCUACAGUGCUUUUUUAUAAGGAAGUGAGUAAAGGAAAUGUAUUUAUGAUUCCAUUCAAGUAACUCAAUAGGAGUAAUUGGUCACCAUCUAUUUUACUGAAGAAAACAAAUCAUUUAGUCACUUAACAGGUUUUAUACAGGAAGUGAUUAAUGAUAUUAACUUUGUAAUGUUUGUCGUCGUAGUAUGUUUUUGGCCUUGCUUUUACUCUUGUCUGUCUUGGACACUUGAAAAACAAUUGAGCGAUUGAUGGGCUUGUGUUCCAUUUUUAUAAGGCAACACUGGCAAGAAUGUUUCUAGCCCUCUGGGCUCUGCAGUUUCAUGAUGCUUAUGUUGUACAAUAUGUAUUGAUGCAAAAACAUUUUCAGAUUUUUUUAAAAUAAAAUCUUACUUUGUGAAUAUGCUUUGAAAGUAA